ACUUGUAUUGGACAGGACGACGGCACGGGCGUAGCGCAGUGGGUUUUCUGAAGGCUGUGGCGCGAGCCGCAUGCCAACAUCUCGGGUGACCUCGUACGACCCUAUUAAUACAACAAACAUCGUCAAUCUGCCAUAGUACGGGCUCAAACAUGAAGUUCAUCCACACGUGUCUCUGUCUAUGUAUGGCUGCGGGUUUCGCAAGCCCUGCGCCGGCCAAUGGCUUCAUAUUUCCAGACCAGCGGAGGCAAGAGAAAAAAUUGGAACCGAUCAUCACUCCACCGGUUCUUCCGAUACUGGAACAUUUGGAACGUGACCCCAGUACUCUGCUUCCGGGUGAAGGUGGAAAGAGUGUGUCGAGUCAACCUAGGCCACGAUUUGGUUGGGGAAAUGGUUUUAAUGUGAAGCCAACCGGAAAUGGGGGGUUGUCAGCAAGUGUCAGCAGUAGUGCGAGUGGAGCCGGUAUAAGUCAUUCAGCCUCACAGUCCUUUUCGUUUGGUUUUAACGAGGGAUUUAGUGCAUCACAUUCAGCGAGCCAGGCAUCGUCUUUUAAUGGCUUUGGAAGUAACUUCGGUGGUAGCCAGGCCAGCAGUCAAGCGGCUUCCUUUAGCGGCGCAGGCGCGUCUCUUUCCGGAGCAGCGUCUUCCGCAUCAGCCCACGGCGGUGGGUUCAACAACUUGGCAGGAAGUCAGAGUGCCUCUUCAGCUUUCGGUUUUAACUCAUUAAAUGGAUUCCAACCUGAUGUCUCAUUUGGUGACGGUCUCCUCGACGUAAGACAUAGAGGGAUACCGAACUUUCCUUUCCCCGAUCUCAUUGGGAGAAAUAAAGGAUUUGGUGCUGCUGCCUUCAAAACUGGACCCCUUGCAAGAAACAGCGAUGACUUUCUAACUGUUCUUGUCUCUAAUUGAACAAGUUUUUAUAAUUACGCAUUAUAGACACUCCAAAGACUGGCGCUGGGCGCUGUUCACCAAAUACCUCGUCAUAUUUCCUAUAAUGAAGUUCAGCAAUACUCCAUGCCAGUGACACAGCAUUUUUUUAAUUACUAUGUGUCUUUUUUUUACGUAGAGAUUUUCUUAUUCCUAUAUAUACCAUAAAAAUUGGGGAAACCUGUUCUCGCACAUUGGUAGAUCACAUUGAUAGAUAGGUUUUUGAAUCAUUAUUGCCAUAAUAAUUUAGGGCACAGGCUUUUUAUAAAUAAUGAUCCAACAUACAAAUUCCGAUAAUGAUGAUAAUGAAGAAAUGUAAAUUGACUUGUCGAGUUAUUUUGAGCAUCGAGCCUGACAAAAUGGCAUGAAAAAACGGAUUAUCGAAAACUUACUUCGAAAAAUUACGAAUAUACGACACAUAAAGAAAAUUCUUACUUGUAGAGAUUAUGCCUUAAUUGUCGGAUAUUGUAACGACAUUAAUAUGGCAAAAUUGAGUUGACGUAAUUAUAUAACAGAACAAAAACAUAUGACAUUUAUACUCUAUUAUUGGAACGAAUAAGGAAGUAUUUUUAAGAUAAUAUUUUACAUUCGUAUAAUAAUUAAUGUAAAUUGUAAUCUUCCUAUUGAAUCCGUUGUAUGGUUGCUCGCGUCUGACAUUAAAUAUACAUGGAUAUUUGUGAAUACCUAAUGUACGACUAGUAUUUGCCGAAUACAUUACCAUUUUAAAAAGUAUAAUUUGCUUAUCACGUUCUACUGAUUUUUUAUGACUGACUUUAUUUAUGAAAAGUAGCGUUAAUAAAUUAAAUAAAAAAAUUAUUAAUUUUACAUAUUUUUUUAUUUUUAAAACAAAUGACCGAGUGUCUAAAAUAUAUUCCUCUAUACUAAAAACGGCCACUACUACUGACGUCAUAAUAUUAUAAUUAUUUCUUAUAUUAUGCCAUUUUGCAAGUUUUAGAGUUAGGGGCCUCAUUUCUUAAAAAUAAAGCGGUUGUAACUCGUUAUAAUAUUAUAUUAUAAAGGAUGAAUAUUAAUUCCUUAGAGACUCCUUAGAGUUAAAGCUAGAAAUGAAGAUACCGUUCAAACUCUAUGUAAUUUUAAAUUGCCUUGCACCUGUUGUAUUUUAUUUAACAAGUUCUUACGACAUAAACGCUCUGCUAUCA